UAGGGAACUUCCAGGGUUCCGUUUUUUAGUGUAACCUAAACAGAAUAAAACUUCUGUUGGAUAAAGUAUCUUUGACGCGUGUCCCUCCUCCUCCUCCUCUGAAGAAACUCAGCGUUGCGCGCAGCAGAGCGGAUGCCUGGAGCGCACAGUUUGCGGUCUGCGUCUCUGUGCGUCAGUGAGUCUGCGCGGCUUCGAUGAGCGACAGCGGGAGGAGGAAGACAGACAGCAGACAGUUACCGUGGCUCAGAGUCGGCUUGGAUGGCAGCGAGCUCCCGCUGAGCGGCAGAUCACCCAAGUGGCGCGUCGGGGGGUGGGUGGGGGGGCUGUGCGUAAAACUCAAAGAGGUCGGGAUGGACGGCAAAGGCACGCUCAAGAUGUUCACCAGGAAGAAACGGGAACUGAUCAAGACGCCAUCCAUCUCGAAGAAGAGCCGAGCAGGAAGCCCAGGGCCGCAGAGCAGCGCCUCGUCUCUGUCCAUUCUCCAGGAGCAGCCUCGGAAAGAUGCAGGCGACGCCACCCUCUCCUCCUCCCCAGCGUCCUCCUCCUCUUCCUCACUGCUCACCCCGACCUCCGCCGGGCACCAGGACCCCUCCCUGUCCUGCCCCGGCACCCCGAGCACCCAGCACGGCAAGCUGGCCGCGAUGCAGGGCGUGGGCUGCCCAUCUCCUGUGGCCACCCUGAAGAGGCCGACCGCCCUCAGCAGACACGCCAGCGCUGCAGGGUUCCCUCUCCAGUCCUGGGUGUUCACUAAGGGUCAGGGCAGAGGGGCUCUGACCCCGACGACUCCGUCUGACGGUCCAGAGAGCACCGCCAUCGAGGUGGAGGACAUCCCGGCUCUGCUGAGGGACGUGGCUCGAUUCGCCGAGGCUGUGGAGAAACUGAAGGACGUUGUUCUGGCUGAAGGUAAGGAGAGUCAGCGGCCGGUGGCCCACGAGUGUUUAGGGGAGGUUCUGCGGGUUCUUCGUCAGGUCAUCAACACGUACCCGCUGCUCAACACCGUGGAGAUCCUCACCGCUGCCGGGAAACUCAUAUCCAAGGUCAAAGGUUUCCACUAUGAGGCUUGUAAUGAAGCAGAUAAAAAGGACUUUGAGAAGGCCAUUGAAACCAUUGCAGUUGCUUUUAGUGGCAAUGUGUCUGAACUGCUGAUGGGGGAGGUGGACAGCAGCACUCUGCUUUCACUGCUGCCCACUGAGAAGAGCAGGUCGAUGGAGAACUUGUACGCUACAACAGGUCAGGGAGGAGACGGAGGACACUUCAGGAGCGACCUGCAGGACAUGGGCAGAGUUGAGGAAGUGGAUGUGAUCCUUCAGCGAAGCGAGGGAGGGGUGGAUUCUGCUCUGCUGUACGCCAAAACCAUUUCCAAGUACAUGAAGGACCUGAUGAGCUACGUGGAAAAGAGAAUUUCACUGGAAUCCGAGUUCUCCAAAGGCCUCCAGAGAUUAUACCAGUCCUGCAAACACAGCAUAACACAUCCCCACAUGCCCCUUUUCUCCAUCUACUCUCUGGCUCUGGAGCAGGACCAGGAGCAGAGCGUUGGGCUGCAGCAGGCCAACACCACCCUGCACAACCAGACCUUCAUCCAGCCUCUGAUGCAGCGCAAGCAGGAGCAUGAAAAGAAGCGUAAGGAGAUCAAGGAGCAAUGGAUUCGAGCAAAAAGGAAACUGAUGGAGUGUGAGGCAAACCUUCGCAAGGCCAAGCAGGCCUACAUGGUCCGCUGCGAGGAGUACGACAAGGCCAAAACAGCAGCCUGCCGGGCCGAAGAGGAGGGAGGAGGAUCUACGGCCAAAUCUGUAGAGAAGAAGAAACGAGUGGAAGAAGAAGCUCGAAACAAGGCUGAUGAAGCCGAGGCCACCUACCGGACAUGUAUAGCAGAUGCCACCACUCAGCAGCUGGAGCUGGAGCACACAAAGGUCACGGUGCUGAGGCAGCUGCAGGACGUCAUCAAGCAGAGCGAUCAGACCCUCCGAUCGGCCACCAUCUCCUACUACCAGCUCAUGCACAUGCAGACGGUGGCGCUGCCCGUCCACUACCAGACUCUGUGUGAGAGCAGCAAGCUGUACGACCCCGGGCAGCAGUACGCCGCCCACGUUCGAGACCUGCAGCUGCCAGAGCAACCAAAUGUCCACUACACCUUCGAGGACUACUCGUCCUCCAGCUUGUCGUCGCACCACGGCCACAGACCGAGGAAUGACAGUUUCAACACAGACACACAUACGAGUCAAACCGACGGUCCGUCCAUCACUGUGGAUCCAGCAGCUGCAGACAACAGAGAUACAGAGGUUCAGCGCAAGAGACAGGGCCACAAGUCCUGGGGUUCAACAGUGAGCGAUGAUAGUGUUGGAGGAGAUGGAGGCCUGGACUCUCCAAAUGCCAGCACAAGUGACAUCAGUAAAAUUCCCCGGACGUCAUCAACUGGAACAAUGUCGUCCAAUGAGGAUGCAGAUGAGAAAGACGGGAAUGUUUCCUCAUUCGAAGCGCCAAAUAUUAACGGCAUGGAUCCAGAUGUGGUCGUCUCCACCAGACCUUUCCGUAACAUCGGCCUCUCCAAAGCAGCCCAGACUCACCGACUGAGGAAGCUUCGGACUCCGGCAAAGUGCAGAGAAUGUGACAGUUACGUUUACUUUCAGGGAGCCGAGUGUGAGGAGUGUUUCCUAGCGUGCCACAAGCGCUGUCUGGAGACUCUGACCAUCCAGUGUGGCCAUAAGAAGCUGCAGGGUCGACUGCAGCUGUUCGGCAGGGAGUUUUCUCAGGUGGCCAGCUGUGCCAGCGACGGCAUCCCCUUCAUCAUCACCAAGUGUAUCUCAGAGAUAGAGAGACGAGCGCUCAAGAUGAAGGGCAUCUACAGGGUGAACGGAGUAAAGACUCGUGUGGAGAAACUGUGUCAGGCCUUUGAGAACGGCAAAGAGCUGGUGGAGUUGUCUCAGUGUUCCCCUCACGACAUCAGCAACGUCCUCAAGCUUUACCUCAGACAGCUGCCGGAGCCCAUCAUGCCGUUCCGUCUGUACAACACGCUGAUGGGUUUUGCCAAAGAGAGUCUGCAGAGUGACGCAGAGUCACCGGAGGCAGAGGAGGCCGAGUCCAGCAGCAGUACCCCAUCAGUGGUCAGGGGGCCGGAGCUGGUGGAUCUGGGCCCCGAUACCGACCCCGAGGUCCUGGUUCUGGUGGACAACCUGAAGGAGCUUCUGAAGGACCUACCCAAGGCGAAUAUCGCAACGCUGCGCUACAUCAUCCGUCACCUUCGAAGGAUCGCAGAGCUGGAAGAAGACAACAAGAUGAGUCCCAGUAACUUGGGGAUCGUGUUCGGUCCGUCCCUGAUGCGUCCCCGUCCCACCGGGGCCACGAUAUCUCUGUCCUCUCUGGUUGAUUACCCCCACCAGGCCCGCAUCGUGGAGGCCCUCAUAGUCUUCUAUUCAUCCAUCUUCCAGUCCAAAAGCUCUCAGUCCAGCAAAACCCGCUCUGUUUCCAACCCACCUCAGCAGGAAAGUGUUGCAGAUGAGAAGAUGGGGAGUCCUGCUGAUGGAGAAGAGGACGGCAGCAAAGAGCAAAACAAGCCAGAUUCUGAGAAAACAGAGGAGGGAUGUGAAAGUUCUUUGGGGUCGCUGGGCUCCAGCGAGCAGCUUCCUGAUUCGGACUCAGAGCUGGAUGAGAGAAACUCCCGCAGCCUGAUGAAGCAGGAGAGCGAGGUGAGCGUGGACGAAGACCAGCUGAGCUACAGGGACAGUCUGGACCUGUCCAGUCACUCUGCAACCCACACCGACCCAGAACAAGAUCCGGAUCAGGACCAGCCAGAGGAAGGAGAACCCCCAGCCCUGCCCAACAGCGGACCCCCAGAUGAUGACACGUCAGCAGAGCAGGAGCUAAGCGCCUCUCUGGCCGAGCUCAAUGUGAACCAGUCCAACAACAACAACAUCCCUCCGUAUUCUCCUGUAGUGACCAUAGCGGGACAUCCAGUGGCACGUCUGUGUGGAAAGAAAUUACCCCUGACGAGAAACCGCGACACUGAGCCUGAGUUUGUCUAAUAUUACCUAAAUCUUUGUGUGUAAAGUCUGUUAAACAAAGUUCAGUGACAGGAAUAUGACUUUUAUACAUUAAAAUCAAGCAAAAUUGAAAACGGUGUUUUGUACAUCGCAAUGAAAUUUUUCAGUUUUUUUUUAUCAAUCUGUGUAGAUGUUUGCAACUGUAUUGAUCUAUACUGGCAGUAAAACUUCUGCACGCUUACUUUUCUUGGAUGCAACUAUUCGUGUUAUUUCAAGAGUUUUGAGUCGAAUUAUUACAAAUUUUUGUCAGUUUGUACUUUAAAGUGUUUUUUUCCUUGUUUUAAAGCUUCAGGGGUGUGUAACAAGUCACAAUGUGUACAAUAUGCAAACUUGUCAAGCACAUGUUUUUAAGUGCUGCUGGUUUAUAUUUCAGCUGUAAAACUUAAAAUAAUCUAGCAUUUUCUUAUAAAUGUUGCUUGUAUUUCUUUGUUAUGGAUGUUUGGUCAGUUUUAAUAAAAUUCUUAUGUUUUAAAAACGUA